AGCAUUCCGUCCCAGAGCGGCCUGGAGCAUGGCACUGCCGCCAAGCUGGGAGAGGUAUACCACGGAUGAUGGAAAGGAGUAUUUUCACAAUGUAUCAACAAACAAGACGCAGUGGGAACGUCCAAGUUGGGAUGAGGCGCCUCGCUCAAGUCUCAACACUUCGGAUGUAUUCACCUACAAGCCAAGCGCAGCAGAUUUGGAGGUCCCUCGCGCAACAGCUUCCAAGAGCCAGGAGCUGGAUGACCUCUUCAUGGGAGUGGCAACGGCGGCUACGGGGCCUGGCACGUCCGAGUUGGUCUCGCUGAAAGAUGCCAGGGGUGACAUGAGCUCCAGCGUCUCCAGCAUUGCCACAAGCGCGCCGUCAGCCAGUCUGCCACAAAGCCAAGGUGGCAGUGGCCUAGGCUUUGCUGCUGGAUUUGCUGCAGGAGCAGCGGCUGCAAGUGCUGCCAGUGGCGACUCACAAGGCGGUGCGACUUCUUUCUCUUCUUGGAUCCUGCUUUUGGCACAGAGUCUUUUCGAUGUCAGCACAGACGAUGUUGUGAGUCGACUCAAGCUGCUUGUGCCUUAUCGAGGCCAAGACAGAUCCACAGCAGAGGAACUUCGAACACGUCCAGACUUUUAUGGUCCUUUCUGGGUUGCCACCACGGCAGUUCUCUUCCUCGCAGCCACUGGAAAUUUUGCCAGGCUCAUCGAGUCAACGCACCCGAGCCAUUUCAAGGCAGACUACAGCUUGGUGCCCUUGGCUGCCACUCUUGUCUAUGGGGGCCUGAUUGCGGUACCCCUCCUGGCACGCGUGUCGGUAUUCUUCACGGACGAAGAGGUCUCGAACAUUGACUUCAAGCACAUAAUUUGCGUCUAUGGGUAUGGUUUGGCGCCUGCAAUACCUGUGUCCAUACUGUGCAUCAUUCCCGUUGGGUUCCUUCGAUGGCUUUUUGUGCUUGCAGGUAUGGGACUCUCGCUGUACUUUCUGAAGGGAAACCUGCUGGCCGAAAUUUCUGUGAAGGUGCGGUGGCUGCAGCUCACCUUGAUAGCAGCUCCCAUCAUUCUGCAGGUGCUUGUGUUCUUUGUCUACCGAGUGCGGUUCUUCGCCGGAGAUAGAGACUGAAUUCCCAGCCGGAAUCUGCGUGGAAAAGGA